UUGAACAUAUUGUUGCACACAAUGAAGAGCGUUUACUCACUUUUUAUAUUAACCUUUCUCAUCAAGGCUGUCUUGAGCAGCUGCCCUGACGGCUGGUUGACACAUGGACAGGAAUGCUACCACUUCAGUCAUGAUGCGGAACCCUACUUACUUGCUCGGAGUGCGUGUCAGCUUCUAAAGGGAUCACUUGUAGUUAUUGAAACGGCAGAGGAAAACGCCUUCAUCACAAGUCAAAUACAGAAUUUGCAGAGCGGUUCGUACUGGAUGGAUCUAAAUGACCUUCAAGAGGAAGGCUCGUGGUUGUGGCAGGCAACCGGAACAGCUCCGGAGUACACAAACUGGAUGCCCGGUGAACCAAAUAAUACAGGAAACGAUGAAAACUGUGCGCUUAUUUAUAAGGGUGGAAAAUGGAAUGAUGGUCAUUGUACCACUGUAAGCCGCUACAUCUGUGAACACACGGACGAAAGCGCGCAGAUCGUUGGCUAGGAGUGGUUGGGAACGUUCAUUUUUAAACAACGCUGUCAACACUGUAUAUUUACACCUCAACUUCCAUUCCUUAAAUGAACUGCAUUCGGCAAUUGCGUUCAUCAAUCGAUGAACGCAACAUCUUCGGAUAUGUUCGGAUCGUAAUUCAUAGCAUAACAAUAUACA